AUCAAAUGUAAACAAAUAAUGGGUGAUGUUGAAGAAAAAACUCUAAUUUAUUUAGAAUUUAACGAUACAUUAGCUAACGAGACCUUUGAUAGAGAUACUUUCAUUCGUAUAGCAAAUCUCCACAAAAAGAAUCCAUUUGUUCAAAUAAACGAUUUAGUGUACAAAGGUACUUUCGAUGGAGCUUUGGGUACGAACUUAUUUUUCGAAGCCAGUGAUGAGGAACUAGUAGAAAAUGACCUCUUUAAUAAAAGAGGGCCAAUUCCAUUAAAGCACGCUUACAGCACCGCUAAAGUAAUUAGUUUACAGCUAGUUAACGUCCCUACAAGCAACCCGGAAAUUUCGGUAAAGAAGAAAAAUAUUGAAUUCAACUUGGAUUGGGAUUACAAUACAGUUCUACAAAAAUUCUCCGAUGGUUCCUUAAAAAUUCAUGACAUUAUAAAAGAGAGUACGGAUCAAGAAGAUGCUAAAGAACACAUUCAAGUUAAAGAGGAAACAACUCAAAUUGUUGAUAUUUCUAAGGAAGAUGAGCCACAAAUACCAUUACAGGAUACAGUAAUUGAGGAAGAUAAAGAAUGUGAUGUUGAUAAUGAUAAUACAGAUUGCACGAAUUUGCUAAAUGAUUAUCUAAAACUUAGACAACUCGCUUCCAGGCCUGUUAAAUCAAAGGUGAUCCAAGAAAAUAUACAACAGUGCGAUCCUAAAUAUAGAGACUCUUACGAAUAUCACAAUUUAGAGCGACAGGUUUUACAACCUUGCGAUUUUUUUCGUUCCGAACCAAUUAGUAAUAUCGAUGAAGAAACGUUGUCCGAUUGCGUAGACAUCGAUAGAUGUGUACUGUAUGGCUUACUUGAAGACUCCAAGACUCACCCACGAAUAUUAACAAACGAGGAAAAACGAAAAGUAUUAACAUUAGAUAACUUCGACAACUUAUCAUUAGUUGCCAGGUAUUAUGUGUUGAAAAACCAUGUUAAAGAUUUGGAAGAGUAUAUAAAGGAUAAGUCCGAAGAGGAACUAUCAAAUAAGGAUAAUUAUGGUAGAACCCCGGAAAUGACUUUGAUACUAUACAGAAAACUAGCAGAUGCUGUUAGGAAACGUAUCGAAGAAAUAAAAUCGAGUUUAACUGAUGAAACUGAUGUUACAACUCCAUCAACUAGUAUGGAAAUUGGUUAA